GAGGUUAGUCCCGGAUAAGAUUUUUCUUAAAAUUUGAAGAAAUUGAUAAUUUCAGGUUCCUGUGGUUAUUGCUACUGACUGAAUUAAUCUGGAUAAAAAAAACAACUUGAUGACGCUUACGAAAUCAAGAUGGCACAUGAGAUACAUUUAAAGAAUAACAAAUACCGGCAGUGGGUUAAGGCUGGCCUAGGCUUGGGUUAUCUUAAAGAGGGACUUGCGCCAUUUUGUGAUUACAUUGGAAGACAGCAGCACAACGAUAUUAUAAACAAAAUACAACAAACAAAGACUUCUCAACCAAACGUACCAUGUGGCGCCUGUCAGAUAACAACUCUCCAGCCAGAUCAUGUCCGAGUCUCAAAAGGGAUAUGUCCCCUCAAUCAAGAUAAAUGUAACUGUUGUUUUCCUAAUAAUAAGAGACCCUGUCCAAACAAUGUAUGUGGUGCCAUCUAUGACAGCAUUAUACAGUAUCAUGCAUCAAUGCCACCAGUACCUUUUUGGAAAAAUAGUGAUGCCCAACAGUGGUCGACAGACCCAUGGAACGUUUGCAAAUGUUUUAUAAAUGCUCCGGGGUACAAGGACAAGACAUCAGCAGUCGACACUGAUUGCACUGGGUUGCUUCAUGUUAUCAUAAAUAACAAGUACUUUCGUAGUCAUAUUGGAUGCAAUGUUACAGGACCAAACAAUCUUUUUUCAAAGGUACGGCAGUACCGAAACGAAAUUUUUCACUCGAGCAAUAUGGAGUUAGAGGAGAGCAAAGCUAAUUGUUAUAUUGAUGACAUGAUAGCUGUUCUACAAGAUGGUAAAGAACUUAUACAUCAACAAGAUGCACAACAAGCUGUCGGGAAACUCCAAGAUCUAAAGCAAAAAGACUUUGUUAUCACUACUGAAUGCUCUGAAGAAAUUUUGAAACAAAUCAAAGAUGAAAUGACAAAAAUGCGGGAAUUUACCGAAAAUGCUGCAACUAAAGAUGAAUAUGAGGAGCUUAAAAAUAAAGUUAUUGAACUUGAAAGACAGUUGGCAAAAGAAAAAGAGGGACAACUUGAGGCUGGGAAAGAACAGAAAAGAAAGUUUACUGAACUUGAGGCAGUUAUAACAGAGCAAAAACAGGUAAAAAAUGUUUUCCUUUUGUUUGUUUCAGGUUGAUAUACCAGUACAUGUAUUCCAAUACAA